UAGUGUUCACGGCAAUAAUAGAGUUAUGAAGAUUUUACUGCUUGCGUCCGUUUUUGCAGUAGGUUAUUGUCAUAUAUGCCUCCUUAGCCCGCCCCAGAGAGGAAACAUGACGGGCAUCAAUACCCCUGGGGCAAAUGACUGCUUUUUGACCACCGCCCCGUGUGGAGGUCGCCAGCCUGCACGUGACGCCACUUUCUACGGCCGCGGGGAGAACAUCACUGUCACAUUCAUGAAGAACUUGGACCAUUACAACAAAACCAACCCCGGGAAAUUCGUUAUUUCUUUGAGUGAGAGACAGACUGUUGCACCAAAGGUUUUGGCCACCGUUCCCGACGGUGGCGAACCUUCCCUCCAUAUCUACACAGUGAAAGUUCGCGCCCCUAUGGAACCACCCAACACUAUGCACUUUUUGCAAGUGACAUACGAACCAAACAAUAAUCAGGCACCGAAAGCGUUUUAUCAAUGCGCGGACGUGGGGUUUGAACCAAGACAUUAAAUCAAUUGUGACUAUUUUUUUUUUAAAAUUUGUUGGCUGUGACACAUAAUGCACAUGUUGUUUGGCGAAUGGAUUAUAAAUCGAAGUGUACAGAAGUAUGCACGGAACCAUAAUCAUGCUAGUAUUGUUAUUACAUUUAUUUUGUAAUCAAUUGAUACUACAACAGUAAAUGAAUAUGUAGAAUCA